UGCAAACACUGCACACAUUGUUUUGGUUGACAUAUGAUUGCUGUCUGUCUGUUGUGUUGACAAUUGACACACAAUUUGUUGCAUUCAUAGCAUCAUUGGUUGACAUAUGAAUUGGCGAGACAUCCAACGGUGCAACUGAUCCCACGCCAAGACAUGUCCAAACUGUUGCAGUCGAGGAAGGCUUUGAAGGAGAAAGUGGUGCAGAUAUACGAGGCGUUGAUUGAGGGCAAAGAGCCGUUCAGUGAAAACAAUAACUUCUGGAAUGAGUUCUUCUUAUUGAAGGCCAAUGGAAAUGCAUUGGAGUUGGAGUUGAAGUCCAUUACAAACAUUCACACAAUUAAACCGAUCGUUAAUCUGAUGGUCAGUGAGAGUAUCAAUGCCGUCAAAAGUGAUAACAACAUGAGAGUCGCCAACAGUCUUAUUACCCUUUGCAGUCUCUUCAAAGUGAUGUCCGAGAAGUGGCGGUUAAGUCAUCCCAAGUUUGAUUUGAUUGAUUACACGAUCGCACGCCAAGAUCUGGAGCUUAAAACUCAGGCUUAUGAAAACAUCAAUAAAAAUCCAUUGAUAGAGCUUUUAAUAUCGGACCAAUUGUUUGAUGCAUUCAUACAAAUGCUUAAUCAUCACCAACAACGACAUCAAAGUGGAUACCAAAUGAUACUUUUGUUAACAAUUCUCCUUAAUUAUCGCAAAUAUGAAUCUGCCAAUCCUUAUAUCAUGAAACUGUCGAUAGUUGACGAUGAGAUACAAUUGAAUGGUUACUCUCGUGUCAUAUCAAAUGAAUUAUUAGAGUUUGAUGAAAUUAAUAAUGAAUCCAAAUCAAGUGGAAUAUUUAAUACGUUAACAAAUAUGGUUGGAAACAUGUUUAUUGCGGAUGACAACGGCAUCUCAAAAAGCAAUCUGAAGACUAAUAAUUCUGUUUUGUUAGCCUUUUAUGAAGCGGUUCAUCUGAAUAGGAAUUUCAUUACACUUCUUACGACUAGCCCGCCCUCCAAUCUUUUGGUCGCUUUCCUAGAAUUCUCUUCCAUUGUAAUGCUUUACACAAAAGACGAAGCGAUACUACAGACAUCGCGUCUGUGUUUCAUAAUCCUGACCUGUAUUACGGAGGACCAGUGCGCCAAUGCCAUCAUGCAUGACAUGAAUUUGCCGUUUACUGUGCAAUUACAUCGUAUGCCAAUGAGGCACCGGAAAGUGUGCGCUCAGAGCAAGCUUUCGCGACCCCUUUCCUACUCUGUGAUGGACUUAAUGGUGGAAUUCAUAUUAACUCACACGCGAAAGAAUCUGUUACUCGAUCUGUAUCUGCUGUGCAUUGGAGUCAUCCAUCGAUUACUGUGUUAUCAGAAGAAAUGCAAAAUAAGAGUCGAUUACGUGUGGAAGGACUUGUGGUCCGCUUUAAUAGUUUUAAUGAAAUUCAUUUUAACCAAUGAGACGGAACUCCUGAAAAGGUGUAACAUAUUUACAUUGGCUCUAAAUGUGGUGAAUAUAUUCAAUCUGUUCAUCACAUUUGGCGAUACAUUCCUGCCAUCGCCUCAAUCUUACGAUGAACUCUAUUAUGAGAUAAUUCGUAUGCAUUCAGUCUUCGAGCAGCUCUACUCUAUGACGCUCCGGUAUGUGUCAAACGAGAAGGCAGAGCACAAAGAGUCGGCGACAAAGCUUUCCUCUUCGCUUGUCAACAUCAAAGCCAUUAUAAAUCACUUCAACGCCAAAAUCGAGACCUACUCUUCCACACAUCAGAUCCCAUCGCUUACUGAAGAACAAGUGCUGGAAAUAGUUCGCAACAAUUACGACACAUUGACUCUUAAACUUCAGGAUAAUUUGGAUCAAUUCGAUCGAUACGAUCCGGAAACACAAUGCGAAUCCAAGUUUUUCACUGAAUUACUCCGUUUUGUUAUUAAUGACUACAGAAAGUCCUCUGACAUUACUCUAAGUGCCGAAGAACAGCACCAUUUGGUACAAGACUUGCAAAUGCACUCAAAUCUAUGUAAUGAUAUACAUGUCGAUAACGGCGACCACGGAUCUAAUCAUUGA